AUAGACAGUUAGGUGUGCUGGCGCUCUGAACUUCUGCGCUUUUAUUUUAUAUACUUUUUUAAUAUUAUUAUUAUUUUAAAAGGGUCCAAACUCUUCACUGGUGGAUAUAUAGUUUAAUUCGUGAACAAUUUGUGUGAUUUUGAUCUGUUUGAAGGAUCUUUGUAAAGAACAGAGCGGAAGUCUGAUCAGAUCCAGCACAGAAAUCGGAUUUAUCAACAAAAAAACCUGUUUUAUUUUUAUAUAUUAUUUUUAAUCCUGUUUUAUACUGCUUUACCUUCCUGUUUGGAGCUUUAAUCCUGGAUAAUAAUCAUGAGCGGGGAAAAUCAUACCGAGAUUGAGCUGUUUGUGAAGGCAGGCAGUGAUGGACAGAGCAUCGGGAACUGCCCCUUCUCUCAGAGACUCUUCAUGGUGCUCUGGCUCAAAGGAGUGACCUUCAACGUCACCACCGUCGACAUGAAGAGGAAGCCUGAUGUUCUGAAGGAUCUGGCUCCCGGAGCACAACCUCCAUUCCUGCUGUAUGGAAGAGAAGUCAAGACCGACACCAACAAGAUCGAGGAGUUCAUCGAGGAGCACCUCUGUCCUCCCAAGUACCCUCGGCUUGCUUCUCGGAACCCAGAGUCCAACACGGCCGGCAUGGACGUCUUCUCCAAGUUCUCCGCCUACAUCAAGAACUCCAACCCCGGCAUGAACGACAACCUGGAGAAAGGCUUGCUGAAGGCUCUGAAGAAGCUGGACAAUUACCUGGGCUCCCCUCUACCUGACGAGGUGGACGAAAACAGCGCUGAUGACGUCACCACCUCGUCCCGCGCCUUCCUGGACGGGCAGGAGCUCACGCUGGCCGACUGCAACCUGCUGCCCAAGUUACACAUCGUCAAGGUGGUGUGUGAGAAGUAUCGGAACUUCUCCAUCCCUCGUACUCUCUCGUCGCUAUGGCGAUACCUGGAUGCGGCAUACGCCCGUGAGGAAUUCUCCUCCACGUGUCCGAGCGACAACGAGAUCUACAUCGCCUACUCGUCCGUCGUUAAAGCUCUUAAAUAAACACCACACACACACACACACACACACACACUAUGUUUAUAUCUCAUGGUUUAUUUUGGCCUGCAUUUGAACGCCUGUAAGUGUUUGAGUGUACGAGUGUUUUCCACUUCAAACCUUCAGAUGUUUAUUCUUCACGGAUGAAGUUUGUGACCUAAAUCAACAAAUUGCCAUCAAUUUUGGGACCAAUUUGUUUUUAUUAGUUUUUUAUUGUGUAUUUCUAACAGCUGAUGGUUGAUCUGACAUCUUCCAACAGCAGCACGUAGAGAGAAAUCCUAGAACAGCAGUGUUACGCCAAAUUCUGCACCCCUGCCACAGGGUGCACCUACCUGUGUGUGUUUUGUGUCAUAUCUAAACAUAAAUCAUUUCAUAUAUUUUUUAUCUCAUGCUUUGCUGGUCGGACUCUUAACGUCGUGUAGAAGAGCUGUGUGAUACCGGCUGCACCUCUGUUACAACCCCAGUCCCAAAAAGCUGGGACAGUAGGAAAGAUACGAAAGUAGAUUUACACUAUAUGGCCAAAAGUAUUUGGACACCUGAGCAUGAGCAAUUCAAAACAAUCGUUGUUGAAACAGAGCGACCUCUGUGUGAUCCUUUCAGCUAGAACGACAGCCGCUCUUCGGAGAAGCUUCUCACGAGACUUUAAAGUAUGUCUGUGGGAAUUUGUGCCUGUGUAUCCAAAGCCUCGGUUAAUUCCAGAGCUGUUGGGUCAGGGCUCUGUGCUGGAGCUUUUCUUCAUGUCUUUAUAGAGCUUUCUCGUGUUGUAACAGGAAAGGACCUUCCCUAAACUGUUGCUGCAAAGUCAGAAGCAUGUAAUGUUCUUUCUAUAAUUGAUUUAUUACACCUGUUAGCAACUAUUGUGGCUAAUGGGCGUCCCAAUACUUUUGUCCAUAUAGUGUAAUUCCUCUUUACCUGCCGUCCCUUUAUUUUUGGUUAAUCUAACUCUGAUGCUCUGAUGAUGGUGUUCAGGUUCAGGUUAGUGUUCUGUAUUACUGCCGUGUUUGUUACGUUCAAUAAAACAUUCCAGACUCGU